GUGACAUCUUCUACUUCUAGGUUAUGUUAUGGCAAUAACCUUAGAUAAUUUGAAUAACAAUGUUUAGUACUUUAAGGAAAUGCAAAAAUCGUAAACUCUUUACUAAACUUUAUUACACAAGGCAUUUUUCCACCGAAAAACACUAUGAUGUUAUCAUCGUGGGGGGAGGUCAUGCGGGUAGUGAAGCAUGCAGUGCCGCCGCAAGAAUGGGGGCUCAGACGCUACUUAUUACUCAUAAAAGAAGCACGGUAGGUGAGAUGUCUUGCAAUCCCUCUUUUGGAGGAAUCGGCAAGGGCCAUUUGAUGAGAGAAGUUGAUGCAUUAGAUGGUGUUUGUGGGAGAAUCUGUGAUAUAUCAGGAAUACAAUAUAAAGUUCUCAAUAGGAGUAAGGGUCCAGCUGUUUGGGGUUACAGAGCCCAAAUCGAUAGAGAUUUAUACAGACAAAACAUGCAAACAGAACUGUUUGCCAACACUUCUAAUUUAGAUGUUCUCGAAGCACCGGUAGAAGAUUUAAUAGUUGACAGUCCAACUACAAAUUCCAAUGGGCAAAGUUGUAUAGAAUGCAAAGGUGUUAUUUUAAAAAAUGGUACAAAAGUACAUUCAAAGAGUGUGGUUAUAACAACAGGGACCUUCUUGAAUGGACAAAUAAAUAUGGGUUUAAAAGUUUAUCCAGCAGGUAGAAUAGGAGACGAACCAGCUAUAGGAUUAGCAAAGACAUUAGAAUCUUUGAAAUUGAGGAUGGGCAGAUUGAAAACAGGAACUCCACCCAGAUUAAAAGCAGAUACAAUAAACUAUGGUGUUUGUGAUGUACAGUAUGGGGAUAAUCCACCACUUCCAUUUUCAUUCAUGAAUGACAAAGUGUGGAUAAAGCCUGAAGAUCAAUUAAAGUGCUAUCUAACAAAAACAACAUUGGGCAUAGAAAAAAUCGUUAGGGAUAAUCUUCAUGUAAAUAGACACGUCAUGGAAGAGAUCUCAGGCCCGAGAUAUUGCCCUAGUAUAGAAUCCAAAGUUCUCAAGUUUUCAGGAAGGGAACACCAAGUUUGGUUGGAACCUGAGGGCCUCACUAGUGACAUAAUCUAUCCAAAUGGUCUGUCUUGUACAUUACCGGAGGAGUUCCAGUGGGAUCUCAUCAGAAAUAUAAGAGGUCUGGAAAAUGCCGUUAUUGUAAGACCGGGUUAUGGGGUGGAAUAUGAUUUUGUAGAUCCAAGGGAAUUGAUGCCCAGUCUGGAAGUCAAACGAGUAGGGGGCUUGUUUUUAGCCGGUCAAAUAAACGGCACCACCGGAUAUGAAGAAGCUGCUGCUCAGGGUGUUUUAGCUGGGAUAAAUGCCGGGGCAAAGGCAUUAAAGAGAGAUCCUCUGAUAGUAAGUCGCACAGAAGGCUAUCUAGGUGUAAUGAUUGAUGACCUAACAACUCUAGGCACCACAGAACCCUAUCGAAUGUUCACCAGUCGAGCCGAAUUCCGUCUUACGCUGCGGCCGGACAACGCAGAUAACAGAUUAACCCCCAAAGGGUACACUAUGGGUUGCGUCAGUCGACAGAGGUACGAAAAAACGCUUAAAGUACAGGAACAACUUCGAGACGGCAUUCAGUUGUUGAAAGAAGUUUCCAAAACGUCUCACCAAUGGAGGAAUCUAUUACGACUGUCGCCCAGCAAGAGCCAUUUACAAAAGAGCGCUUUUAGUAUGAUAGACCCAAAUAGAGAAAAAAUAACUAUCAGCCUGUUAGCAUCAGUGGCGCCAGAACUUCAACCACUAACCGCAGAUAGUACUUUAGAAAAUAGACUUCAUAUUGAAGCCAUGUACGAAGCCGCUGCUCAAGAACAAGCUGAAGAGGUGCGGGAAGUACAAGAGAAUGAAUCUCUGGUGAUACCAAGGAGUAUGGAUUAUACGUUAGAAAGUCUGAACCUUAGUUUUGAGGAAAGAGAAAAGUUGUUGAUCGUACAACCGCAAACGAUUGCUGCCGCUAGUAGAAUACCUGGAGUUACACCCUCAUCUUUGUUUAGGCUACUGAGAUUCGUGAAACAAAAUGUUAACUGUGUAAAUGUAUAACAACAAUGUGAAAUAUGUGUUAAAUAAUGUUAAAUCAUAAAAAAUAUUAAUAAACGGUAUUUCAC